AUGAUUAGUGGUCAAGUUCAAUUAUCUACCACACUUAGACAACGCAAAAAAAGGGAGAAUGAAACUCCAGAACAACGUGAAUUGCGUUGUGAACGUGAUCGCAAAAAUAAAAAAAGGAAAAGACAGUUAGAAACUGAUGAACAACGUGAAGCACGUUUAGUUAGAGAACGUGAGCGAAGAAAAAUUAGACGCGUUAUAGAACCUGUUGCUGACCAUACGGAUCAUCAAGAAGAAAUUGCUGAAAUCAUUUCUGACAACACUGAAUCUGAAAUGAUUUCUGUUCUCAUUGAGUCAGACCCACUUUUAUAUAGUAUCUUAAGUGUUCAGCCAUUGUCAGAAGCUGACCGUGAGCUUCUACAAAAAUUUCGAGAUGAAAUGAAUAAUCUCAAACAUGAUUUGUGUCCAGCGAUGCACCUGAAGAAUUAA